CAAGUGUGUCUACAUUAGGAGUGACAAACCGUGGAGAAGGGUCAGUGAGAAGGCAGAGGAAAGUAGCGGCCCCACUCGUGCCCAAGUCACACGGCGGGCAGAGCGUGAGGAAUGUUUAACUCACUGUUGUAGAGAUUGGUUUGAGACCUCUGAUUCAUGGAAUCUGUCAUCACAGCAAAGAUUUGAUGGGAUCUGAAUCUUGCUGAAGAAAAGUUUGGCUCAUGUGUUUUGCCUUAGCUGGAAAGUGAAGGAAGAACAACCCAUCUGCGCUCCAUUCUUCAAUCCUUCUGAACACCAUGGAAAGCCCAGCUCCGGAGCCCAGAUCAGAGCGGAUCGCCCGCUAUAGGGCUGAGAGGAGACGAGAACUGGCUGAGCGUUAUGGCAACAUGGAGGAGCUUCCUUCAAAGUGGGUGAGGAGGGAUGGGAAAGAGGCACAUGACUCGGAGAGCCAAGCCCACAGAGUAAUGGUGAACUCAGAUGGCCUGAGUGAAGGAGUGAAUCGCAGGACAGGAAGGGUUACAAAUGGACUAGAGGCAGACACUCCUGUGGAGUCCAACAACCUGAGGAGGCAGGGUUCCCAGGACUCUGCCAGCAUGCAGAGCAGGGACAGACACCUCGUUCCUCCUGGACCUGAUGCUCCUCAUCUCCACACCCGGGUGUCAGUUGGCCAGUUGAGAAGUGCCCUUCUGCAGCAGACUGGCAGUGGAGUGCAGCUAGAGAACGCCUGCCCUGAUGCUGGGCAAGCCACGUCCUCCCUGGACUUGGCCAUGAAGUCAGGCUCUGAGGGCUCCUCGAGACGCACCCGGCGUUACCUCCCCGGCGGGUCAAGUGGCGGGCGGAAGAACAGCUAUCUUGAUUGCUGGAACUGCAUGCUGAAGCACAAAGACAUGCUUUUGGGUGCAGAGGAAGAGGAGAACUGUAAAGCUGAUGUGAAAAUGGAUGACCGAGCUAAAAUGAGUGUGGCAGCCAAGAUGUCUUUGUUUAAGGAACUAGAGAAGUCUGCAGCCCCUGGGGCCUCGUCCUUCCUGAUGCCUCGUUCAGGCAGCAUUCGUCAUGAACGCAGGUUGCGACGUAGCAACGACCCUCGCUUUCUGACUCAGCCAGUCACCAGUGAGGAAAUGGUUUCAGUCAGCACCCUCAAACCAGUGCCACCAGUGGAGCCCCAGUCUGUGCAGGCUGAGCCAGUGGAAGAUGCUGACGAGAGCUGCAAGCUCAGCAUGAGUGAGAAGCUGGCCCUCUUCAACAGUCUCUCUGUUCCGCAGAGGCAGGGUGGAGGCCAUGCUGAUGGGCCCCCAGAGCGGCGACGGCAGAAGGGGGCUCGGUACCGCACACAGCCCAUCACUGUGGAAGAGGUUGGCCUGCUCCAAAAAGGUCCCAUACAGCUUCCUGCCUUGGCUGUCAAUCUUACACCCAGUGAGGUGCGUCCAUCCCAGCCGAGACCACACAGCGGGCCUGGACAGUACAGUAUCACCCAGCAGGGUCUACAGUGCCACAAAUCUGAGUCAAGUUUGACGGGAAUUCUGAAGAAAAGCCGUUCUGGAUGCUCAGAGUGGAGCGGGAUGGAAGGCAGUCAGAUGGAUGAACUGAACAGCAGAGAUGUAGCUACGCAUGGGAGGAUGGAGGAAACAGAGAGGCAGGAAAUUUCUUCAGCUCCAUGGAGAGAGAGACAUGAGGCUUCAGGUGUGGAGGGAGGUUCGCUGCGUGCUGCUCCCUGGAGGCAGAGAGAUCGAAACAGGCGGGGAACCAUCGCCUGUACGCCAGUAAGAGCCGUGUCAGAGCCUGACGCUCAUCAGGAGGAGAAGCCCUGUCAGAGCGAGCCACAGGAGCUGGUAGUCUGGGACAGCACUGGCAGGGUCCAGCAACAGGGUGAGCAGGAGAGGGCAAAGACAAUGACUCAAGAAACAUCAGCCACAGGACAAGUUCAGGUCAGCACCGACCUACAGGACACAUCUGACACCAGCGCUAGUAAGGAAGAGAUGGGAAACUGUCAUGCUGAGAGUGUCAGCCCUCAGUGCUGGACCAAUCUGGCUUUUGAGGCGCAAGAAGUCUCCUCCCCCACAAAGAAUCAGACUCGGCCUCAGUGGAGACUGAAGGAUAAAGGAGCUGAAGAUGAACCACUUCAGAAGGACAAAGCAGAGGAAAUGAAUGCACAGCAGGAAAGAAAGGAGCAGGGAGUCGGACGUAUGGCCAAGAGAAGUCUUAGAUCCCCAGAAUCAGACAGACAUGACACCUCUCAGAACAAGAGACACUCUGCUGAAGUUCCAACAUGCCCAUAUGAAGAAAUCUCCAUGCAGCCUGUGCUACAGUUUGAAGCUCCACGGAACUCUCCACACUCAGAGCCUCCACCAGAGGUGAAGGAGGAGAUGGCUGUUGAUGAAUCAAACGCAUUUGAUGAAGGUUUCUACAACGAUCGGUCACCUCCUGCCGCAUGUGCCCUCCCACCUUCUGGAGAUGAUGUUGCCACAGAGAGUGAGCAGGACCUGGAUGUACUGUGCCAGACCAACACGCCCAUACUGACCUCAGCAGUAGCACAGCACAGGCGGUCGGUGCGCCCAUCCCGUCGGACUCAGGGCUCCAGAAACCCUCUGAGGGCUCUCGCAGCCAGAGAAGACGUCAGGCAGGACUACAUGGCAGAGAGAGUCAACACAGCUGCUGAGGAGAGGAUCCAGGCAGUGAACAAGUCUAAAAACUCCUCGGUGGCACAAUCACAUCCUGCCAGAUCAGAAGACUUCAUCUCCUCCUCAGAUCCUGUAUCUAUGUCUUGUCCUCCCUUAAGCAGCCUGAUGCUCAUUCACAUCAAAGGUAGGCGGCAUGUCCAAGUGCGUCUGGUGGAGCCCUCUGCAAGGUCGCUGAACAGUGGAGACUGCUUCCUGCUGGUGACUCAGGAGCAUUGCAUCCUGUGGAGUGGAGAGUUUGCCAAUGAGCAAGAGAAAGCCAAGGCCUCUGAGCUGGCAUCGUUCAUCCAGAGCCAGAGGGAUCUCGGCUGUCAGGCCUCUGAAGUUGUUCACCUGGAGGAAGGGUUGAGCUCUGACGGUAACCUGGCUGCGGACUUCUGGAAACUUCUUGGGGGAAGGACACAAUACAGAGGAGCUGCUCCACCAGAUGAGGAUGAGCUCUAUGAGCGCGGUGUGGUGGAGUCAAACUGUGUGUACAGGCUGGUGGAGAAUAGACUUGUGCCCCAUGAACUAGCAUGGGCCUCCAUCCCCACUGUCUCUCUGCUUGACCCCACUGAGGUCCUGGUGUUUGAUUUUGGCAGUGAGGUGUACCUGUGGCAUGGGCAGGAUGUUUCCUUUAGCAGGAGAAAUGUUGCUCUCCAGCUGACUCACCAGGUGUGGGUUGGAGCUUACGACUACAGCAACUGUCAAGUCAACCCACUGGAUCCCACACAGUGUAACCCAGACAUACCACUGAGGGGAGAGGGCCGCCCCAGCUGGGCGUUGUUCGGCGUCCUCUCUGAGCACAACGAGACGGCUCUGUUCAGAGAGAAGUUUCUGGAUUCAUUUGGACUUCCUGAUGGACUCCUCUCACUGUCUCAGCUCCCCUCUCCACAGUUCAUGUCAGUCCAGGCAUCCCAGCCUGCGUUUCCAUCAUCAGACGUCUUGAACCCAUGUGAUGCCCAGGCUCUAGUGUCUGGCGAGCUGCUGGAAGGAGAUGGAUUGGUCCAUAAUGUGCUGGGUGGAGUCGACAUCCGGAGGGGGCACGGAGUCGUCAUGCUGGAGGAAGGCAGUCGGAUGGAACUGAAAACGGUUGCUGUGGACACCUGGCAUGUCCAGGAGUUUGAUGACAGUGAAAUUCCUGUUGAGAGCACCGGGCAGCUUAACGAGGGAGACUCCUACGUCAUCCGCUGGACAUACUGCAUCAACGCUGCUGAUAAGGGAAACCGCUUGGACAGUGUCGGCUGUCCUGGCCAAAAAAAACACACAGUCUUCUUUUUGUGGCAGGGCCGUCACUCCAGUGUCAGUGGACGUGACACUGCUGCUUUUCUGUCGAUUGGGAUGAACAAACACGAAGGAUCACAGGUGGUUGUACCUCAGGGAAAAGAACCUCCCUGUUUCCUGCAGCUCUUCCAGGGAGGCCUGGUCAUUCACAAGGGCAAGCGAGAUGAAGCCUCCACUAAAGCAGCAGAGUGGCGUCUGUUCUAUGUGCGAGGGGAGCUCCCAGAGGAGGGAUCUCUCUUAGAGGUGGACUGCUGCUGUGCAGGUCUGCGCUCCAGGGGCUCUGUUGUUCUGCUGAACGGCCGGCAGGGGGUGCUGUACCUUUGGACUGGUUGUAAAGCUCACAGCAGCUCUAGAGAGGUCGGCAAAAGGGCAGUGGAGCGUCUCUCACAAAUGUGUCCACCAGAGUUGGAUCUCAGCAAAAACAGUCCUGUGAUGGUGCAGGUGCUGGAAGAAGGUUCAGAGCCUGCAGACUUCUGGACAGCAUUGGGUCGGAUGGACAGGAAGGCCUACGACUGCAUGCUGCAAGAUCCAGGAAAAUAUAACUUCACACCUCGUCUCUUUCAUCUGAGUGCCUCCUCUGGAAGCUUUCAGGCCGAAGAGCUGCACAGUCAAAGUCGGCUGCCAGGGCAAGUGAUGGCAAUGCCCUUUGUCCAGGAGAGCCUGUACUCUGCACCACAGCCAGCGUUAUUCCUGCUCGACAACCACCUGGAGGUUUACCUGUGGCAGAGGGGCCAGCCUGAGGAGACGGAGAACUCGGCUUCGGCCUGGAGCCGCUGGCAUAAUGAGCGGAGGUGUGCCAUGCAGACGACACUGCAGUACUGCAAAGAGAUCAACCCAAGAAGGCCACCACAGGCCUACCUUGUUUUGGAGGGCUCUGAGCCUCUCACCUUCACUAAUGUGUUCCCACACUGGGAGAAGAACCUGGGACCGAACACUCAGGGUGAUGCAGGUCGGUGUAAGCUGACCUUGGUGCAGGACGCCUUGGCCCAGCUCAUGAAGACCAAGUACCCUCUGGAGGAGCUGCUGCAGAGCCCUUUACCUGCAGGAGUGCACCCACGGUGCAUGGAGGUCUACCUGACUGACUAGGACUUCAGACUAUUUUGGAAAUGAAGAGAGAUGAACAUAUCUCCCUCAGCUCAGGGUAAAAUGAUCUGAAGAAAAGCAAAGCACUGCUUUGCUCGAUAGCGAGAACACGUGGAGGCUAACUGAUGCUCCUGUAGAAGCGACUUCAUCUUCCACCAAGCAGCGAAUAUGUUAAGUGGGAUAUUAACAUGUUGCUGCACAAAGGACUGCACACAAUGUAAUACAAAGGAAAACAAAAUUCACUUUUAUUUGUCAAAUUAGGACACGUGUGUUGUCUUUUAUUGGACAUGGAUAUCGCUGUAGCUGUUGUCCAGAGGGAAAACAAAACACGUCUUCCUAUGAAACCUAUAUCUGUACAAAUCAAAAAAUAAAAUGAGUGUGGGAGUAAAUAGACAUCAGUAACCAGCAGUGGAUAAGAAUGAGAACACAAAGGAGUGCUUAGAAAAAAGUGAUGCUAAUAAACAUUGAUGCUAAUAAACAAUGUACAUGAAUUUAA